AUGGCCGAGUCAUCGAGACCAGCUUCGUCGUUCCUAGGCUCAAUUACCUCUUGGAGCAGAAGUAGUACCCCUCCUCCAAGGUCUCCCCUUCCAAAAUCAAGCGAAGAACCUCCGGGGUUGAAACAGUCGACAGGUCUCGACCAUACCAUCAACCUCCGGCCGUCGCCCAGUCUCCGCAGGUAUCCGAAGGACUGUCCUCCGCUCAAGACGCGAUGGUUCUAUGCAGUUGAUGUGGCUAAAAGGAAGCCUUUCGCGGCAGAGACGAAAUCUGAGGAAAAGGCAAAACCUCCACAGGUUCCGAAGAAGUUGGUGCCGUUUUCGGCAUCUGACUCAGCAGCUAUCGAGAAGGCUUUUCAGUCGCUGGAUAGCGACGAGGAAGCCCAGCGUGACAGCUCCGGGAUUACCAGCACAAAGGUUCCUGUUAACGAAGACUAUCUUUUCGAUGUCCACAUCGAAAAGCGAGAACUUGAGCCUGCCUAUUGGCUUGGUCCGGUAUACGAAGUCCGCCGAGGAAGCUGGUUCUACAGCGAUGGUUCAUCUUUGAAGCCAUGCGAUGAGAAUCUUGCCAAUCAACUUGAAGAAGGUUACUUGAAGGUUGCUCCCUGGAGAAGGAUAGGCUUAACGGGACAACGAUCUACCUCUCAACCAAGGAGCAGACCCGCUUCUGCAGUAUUUGAUGGAACAGCUCAUUCAGCAGAACCCUCCCAAGAUGAGAAUCAAUCUACCGCUUCCAACACUUAUCGGCUUUUCGGCUCACACAUGAACACAACUGUGACCUAUCAAGAUGCCACCGUGGCAUAUCUAUCUACUGACGACUUCCUGUCACGGAUGAGCAAUACGGUCUACGGCCGAUUCGUUGGCUAUGGUGGAACGAAAGUCGUCCGUGGCUGGACAGAUCUAAAGGUUGUUGACGGCAAGUCUACCGAUACAAAGGUCGACUCCAAGGCUACCGAUGGCACCAGUACGAAAGAGAAACGCCGGUCUGCCAAAAUCCCAUCAGAAGCGAUUCCAGUAGUUGAUGAAAAUGUGGAACAAGAACCCGAGAGACCUCGUCGGACUGCUCUUGAGCGACAAUUAUCAUCCUUAGCUGGGAUGCCGGACUCUCAAGACUCACAAAGACAGGCUGAAGAAGAUGCUCGGGAAGAGGAAGAACGGGAAAUGGAGGAUGCACGAGAGAAGGAUGGUGAGGAUCAAGCUCGACAGAUUGACCACCUGGUUCUCGUUACGCAUGGCAUUGGGCAACGCCUCGGCCUAAGAUUGGACAGUAUCAACUUCAUACACGACGUCAAUACACUUCGAAAGAGUAUGAAGGCAGUCUUUGGAUCAGCCCCUGACUUGCAGGCCUUAAGCGGAGAUCCUAAGAAUUGCAGAGUUCAGGUGUUACCGGUCUGUUGGCGUCACCUUCUGGACUUCCCCAAGCAGAGUCUAAAGCAGAAUCGCAAAGAAUUCGAUCUUGGGGAUGCUGAUGAUGACUUCGAUGAUGAAUACCCUUCCUUGCAAGAUAUCACCGUCGAAGGAGUGCCAGCUGUCCGAAAUCUGAUCACAGACCUUGCCAUGGAUGUCCUCUUAUACCAAAGCGCAUAUCGAGAACAUAUCGCGUCCAUCGUACAGAAAGAAGCAAAUCGAGUUUAUCAGCUAUUCAAACAGCGAACAGGAUUUUUUGGUAAGGUCAGCUUCUGUGGUCACUCGCUCGGCAGUGCCAUUUUGUUCGAUAUUCUCUGUCGGCAGGAAGAAGCCAGUAAAACAAGGCCGCGACGGGUAUCCAGCAAAACGUCGAGAGAGUUCAAUGUGGAACAAAAGGAUCUCAAGCUUGACUUCGAUGUGGAAAAUUUCUUUUGCAUUGGAUCACCCAUUGCCCUUUUUCAAAUGCUAAAGGGAAGAACAAUUGCCGCUCGAUCCACCUUGGGCAUAACUACUUUUGGUGCAGGUGCUGUACCUACUUCUCCCUUUGACCCGGAUCCGAUGCUAAACGAUCCGUUUGACAACUCACUGAAACCGCCGGGUGCCGGGGCCGCGAGGGACAUUAUACCGAUCAGCACGUCAUCUCCCAAGUGCAAUGAACUCUUCAAUAUAUUCCAUCCUACAGAUCCGAUAGCCUACCGAAUGGAGCCACUCAUAUCUCCAGCGAUGGCACAGCUGAAAUCCCAGCCUCUCCCAUAUACCAAGAAAGGUCUGUUUGCAGCACCCGGCAUAGCGAAUGUCACGGCUCGUAUGGGUCAACAAGUCAUGUCGAGCUGGUACAACCUCACAUCCGGGGUCGCGUCAAGUUUGAUCAAUAGGAGUCUUGGGAUUACAGGUGAAGAACAAGCCCUGCCUCAAGAUAAAGGAAAAGCGUCCGGUGGAGUAACGGCGGCUCCUACACCGACACCAGCAAGCGUACAAAACCUGCCUAUUGCAAGCGACAAGAGACAGCAAGAGCUGGCAAACAUGGCCAAGUCUGCGUCUCCGACUGAACAAGCGCCGACACUGAUCGAUUCGGAAAUUGAGACACUCUACUCUGGGUUUCAGAAACGUCGCCGGUCACAUGCUUCCACCGAGGGUGGCGAGGAGGGUUCAUCAGGUCAAUCUACUGCUGCCGCUGAUGCUGCUGCUUCCGAAUACCACUUGUCCCAAGAAAGGGCUCGGAAACUGAAGCGUGAAGAGAUGAAAGUCAGGGCUUUGAACAGCAACGGUCGCGUCGACUAUCACAUCCAAGAAGGCAUGUUCGACGUUUCGUUGCUAGCCAGCAUUGCGAGUCAUUUGAGUUACUGGGCAGACGAGGACGUCAAUCAUUUUAUGAUUGGCCAAAUGUUGAAGACGAGGAGACACGACAAUACCAGCCUCAGCACUACCGCCUCCAUCAGAGGACGAGAUGGGCGUUCGUCAUGGUGA